AUGGAGCUGGAGCAGCUGGACGUCGUGAGCCGAUGCGUGGGCCAGACGCUAACGCCGCAGGAGCGCUCCAACCUGGAGCUGGGCAUGCUCAAGCGCAACGCCACCGAGACUUUGCUGUCGCUGCGCUUCUGGGGGCGCAUCUCGGGCGAGACCCAGGACUACCUCAUCGCCGUCGCGGUGCUCCCCGCCAAGGACUACCCCAAGAAGAAGUUCUACUUCUGUACCAACACGUCGCCGGAGCUGCAGCAGUUCCCGCAGCUCAACAAGAAGAAGAGCGCGAUGGCGGCGGCGAUGACGUCGCGACUGAAGGGGGACCCGGCGUUCCUUAUCGGAGACGCUGGAGAGCCGCAGAACCAGGAAGAGGGCGAGGCUCCCUUCUGCGAGCUCGACCGACUCGCGUACAUCGUCGAGGAGAUCGACCACGCCACGUCUGUUGUGCCGCUGGGGGCGUACAUCGUCUCGCCGAUGCACCAGGUCAUCGCCAACCCGUCCUUCCACGGCCUCACGUGGGACCAGUCUUUGCAGCUCUACAACUUCUUCCACUUCCGACACCCGGAUCUGCCUGAACGUGCUCAGAUCAUUGAGAACGCGGAGGGGCUGGUGCGCGCUGGAGACUUCUUCGACCCGCUCAUCCAGGAUCUGGAUGGAGCGUGGGUCAUCUCCAAGGACAACACCGGCAGCUACACGACACUACGCAACUACGUGUACCCCGGCGCAUUCUGCUUCCAUCAACCGCUGUCUGCGAACUACGGCGUCGUUUACUUUGGUGACGGCCGGAAGAACCCCGACAUUGCCUUCAUGAUUUGA